UCAUGCGCACUGAUCGCCCUCGUAUAGAUCCACACUCCACAGUCUCAAACUACCCGCCAAACCGCUCACACGAUGCACCGUUCCACCAUGGCUACCAACGCUAUCCUGGCCCUGGCCUGCGUGGCGUCUGCCCACGCGUGGGGCGGCCUGUUCAACAGGUUCAGCUCGGACAUGCUGGCGAACCUGGGUUAUGGCAGGGGACCGUACCGCCAUUAUCCUUACGGCCAGGUGGAAGCCGACGAGGUUUACCCCGAAGGCCUGGAGUCCAACCGCAUCGACGAGGUGGUAGAGGAGACGGCCCAUUGCUACAGCGCCCCUUGCGGCACCAACGGUGACUGCUGCCGUGGCCUGCUGUGUUUGGAGACAGAGGACGGAGGGCGUUGCCUCCCAGCAUUCUCGGGACGGAAACUCGGCGAGAUAUGUAACAGAGAGAAUCAAUGUGAUGCUGGACUGGUCUGCGAGGAAGUUGUGCCAGGUGAAAUGCAUGUUUGCCGUCCGCCAUCUGCCGGCCACAAGCAAUAUAAUGAAGACUGUAACGCGUCCAGCGAGUGUGACAUUACACGCGGCCUGUGCUGCCUAAUGCAACGCCGCCACCGACAGAAACCCAGGAAGAGCUGCGGAUAUUUCAAGGAACCCCUCGUGUGUAUCGGACCGGUAGCCACUGAUCAAAUACGCGAGUUUGUUCAGCACACCGCUGGCGAAAAGCGCAUUGGCGUGUACAGACUGCACUAAACACGCCAGGACCAAAUUACUCUGCGUGUAAUAAAUAUUACAUUGUUACAUUUUUAUUUGCGUUAUUUAUCUGUGUCCUGAAUUGUGGUAAACAUUUUAUUUUGUCAUAUAUUACAUUCUUUAAGAAGUGGGGGAAUGUUAAUUUAUAUUGAAUAAUGUUUGAACGGAGUGGCGAAACAAAUGGCAAGUAUUGUAUCGAAUUAUUGAAAAGGAACAAGUAGGAAAAAUGUUUAGGAAAAGAAUUUUAAUAAAUAAAAGGAAAACUUAUUUUUUUUUUUACGUUUAUUGAGUGAAUAAUUUUUGUACGGAUUUAUCUUGCAAAUUGUUACGUUGUAUUCCCAAAUUGUGUAUUAUAUACUAUACGCAGAGUAAAAUUUUUUGCAAUCAAUUCAUUUUUACUAAUAAAAUAAUAAACUCAAAAGACAAUACGACCGUUGUUGAAAUUUUGAAUGACAAAAUAAAUUUUAUUGGUAAAAAUGAUUUUGAGUGAUGAGAGGAAAAAUGUUAAGAGUUUUUUGUAUAACACUUGAAGCGUUACUAUUAAUUUGUUUUAACUGAGUAAUGAAUAGACAUUUUUUAUUAUUUUUUUUAUUUUUUUUUUAAAGCAGUUAAACUGAUUCAUUUAUUAAAAAUAAUAACUGAGCAAAUGAAAUAAAUACUUUUAACAUUUUUUCUUGAUUUUUUUUAUUAUUAUUUUAAAAUUACAUUGAUCAAACUGAAAUAUGAAAUAAAAAUAAAAAAAACGAACAUUUAUUUUUUUUACACCUUUUCAAAUUGAUUAUUUCACAAAUUAUCAUGUGGAAUAUAAAAUACACGCUAUAAAAAAAAUAUCAUGUUUGUUUGUAUCUUAACAUUGUAUUAAAUGAUGGCACUUGCCCAUUUGACAAACUUAUACAUAUAUUAAAUUAUUUGAUCAAUGUAAUUUUAAAUAGAGACGGAUUGAAAAAUGAUAUAUGCUUUGGAAAAUGGUCAAUCGAUUCGCUCCCUUUAAUUUCGAAAAAAGCUUGAGAAAAAUACAAAAAGAUUAAUAGAAAAAAAAAAAAAAACAA